UUUAAAACAUUUUUUCGAUUUCUGGUUCGUAGUUUUAAAGUUCAAACAGCGUUUUGGGUUUGUUAAUUAAUGAUCGUAAUAGCAACUUUUCAAUGGGAUCAGCAAUUAAAAAAGUAGUUGCAAACAGGAAGUUUUUAACUCGUUACCAGAAACUUCUUACAAAUUGGAAAUACGAGGAACCAGGCGAUGUCCGUCCUAAUCACUGGUACAAAACACAUCCAAAUGCAUCUGGCAAUAAACAGUCUCCAGUGGACAUAGUUCCAUCCUUAGCCAUACCAGAUGCAUCGCUCUUCCAAAACCAGAUCAGAUGGAGCUACCAUAAAAAAUAUUCUAAAACGGUAGUCAACAGUGGCCACGGAUGGACAGUUGAAUACGUCAGCACCAAAAACUAUUUUGAAGGCGGUCCAGCUGUUAAUAGAUAUAUUUUGGAUCAGAUACAUUGUCAUUGGGGAAAAAGUAACGAGCGAGGAUCAGAACAUACUAUCAAUGGUUAUCAAAUGGCUGCAGAAAUUCACAUGGUUCAUUGGAAUAGUGAACUGUACAAGGACUGUAGGGAUUCGGCUUGUAACAAGCAAGGACUUCUAGUACUGGCUUCAUUUAUUAAACUAGGACAGCCAAAUGUAGAAUUAGAAAAAAUUGUUAAAAUUUUGGGAAAUAUAACUUUUAAAGGGCAGAGAUGUCCAUUGAGAGAGCAAGUAGAUCCAGCCAAGUUUAUCCCUGAUAAUAUAUCUUAUUGGACAUAUGAAGGAUCAUUAACAACUCCACCCUGCCAUGAAAGUGUCACUUGGAUAGUUUUUAAGAAUCCAAUUGAAGCUAGUGCUGAGCAGAUAAGUAAAUUUAGGAGUCUAAGGUGUCACAGUGAGACGGAGCGUGCCCCACCAGAUUCCAGCGGAGGUUACAUCACUCUGAAUCACCGCCCUCCACAACCUCUAUUUGGCCGCCUGAUUCGCCACGUGAAUUACCGGAAAUCUGAACGAAAUGCAUUUCGCUAACCUGUAAAUAUUCUAAUCAUGGAGAUUAGAGCCAAGGCAAUAGAAUAUUUUCUAGAAAGGACAUCCUUAUUUUAUUUAUUAAAUUUGAGAAAAAAUUUGUUUUAUAUAAAUUCAAAUAGUGAGAAAAAAUAUAUAUUGUAUAUAAGAAAAGAAA